AUGUCUGGUGUAUGGAGAGACAGGACCAAUUUAUACAUCUCCUACCGACAGUCAUAUGCUCAUCAUCCGGCCAAGAAGCGCAAGACCAUUGGACCUUCUGCCAAUGGCUUCUCCACCUCUGGAUAUGAGUCCGAGGAACGCCGCGGGCUCAUGUCCGCUGGUGCCUUUGAAGAUGAUGGAGAUGCAGUCAUUGAGAUGGACCUGUUGCCGCCCAGGUGGGUCGAUAUCCAAGAAGAGGUCACGGAUUUGCUGGGCACGAUAGCAAAGAAGUCUACGGACUUGGAGAAGUUGCAUCAAAAGCACGUGCUGCCAGGCUUCGACGACGAGGAUGUGAAGAAGCAGGAGGAGAUCGCAAUUGAGCGGAUAACUCAGGAAAUCACGCGAGGCUUCCAUGACUGUCAAAAGGCUAUUCAGAGGAUUGAGAUGAUGGUCAGGGACGCUAGGCACCAGGGAGGUGUGAGCGCAGCCGAUGAAACUAUGGCAAGAAAUAUUCAGAUCUCGUUGGCCAGCCGGGUACAAGAAGUCAGUGCAGGUUUCAGAAAGAAGCAGAGCAGUUAUCUCAAAAAGUUGCGUACUCUCGGCGGUCUCACAUUUGACCGUACUUCUGCGCCUUCCCAGAAUCCCUACACAGACCCGUCUAUGAUGGAGUCCGAGACAGACAAAUCAUUUUCCCAGUCGACUCUCCAGCAGACAUCCAUGAAGCGCCUAAAGACAAAUGAUGUUGCAAUUGCCCAACGAGAACGAGAGAUUGAGGAUAUCGCGCAGGGAAUCAUCGAACUUGCAGAUAUCUUCAAGGAAUUGCAAGGGAUGGUCAUUGACCAAGGGACGAUGCUCGACCGGAUAGACUACAAUAUUGAGAACAUGUCCGUCAAUGUCAAGGCAGCAGACAAGGAGCUGAAUGUGGCCACCGGCUAUCAGAAGACGUAUACCAAACGCAAGAUCCUUUUUCUACUAUUUCUUCUCGUCAUCGGCAUGUUUAUCCUUCUCCUCGUCAAGCCUAAGCGUACGAAGGCCCCUCUACCUCCGCCUUCUGCUGAUCCUAUUGGCACACUGGGAGAAGCCAAGCCUCAGCCAGAAAUCGCGGCAUCAAAGCCAGAUAUUGUACAGCUCAAUGGCGGGAACGUGGGGUCGGACGGGCUGCCACCAUGA